CACGAUAUUACAUUUUUUGGGGGGCUUAUCCGGGAUCGGACAAGACAGAAAACGAAACGGUUUAACAGAGCUAUUCGAGUUAGUUGUGAAUUUACCGGUACGCGGUGCGAUAAAAGACGAUAUCGUUGACUGUUUAAUUUGUGUAGUGUGAAAAAUGGCAAACGUUGGGGACGAACGAUUGUCGGGUGAAGAGGGUUCGACGCUGGAGGAGCUGAGGAGUAAGCUCGCGCGAAUGAACCUCCCUAUAUCUGGUGCGAGGUCAGUGCUGAUUGCAAGGCUGAAUCGGGCGUGUAGGGCUGGACAAUCGUAUCCUAAAGGAUCGACGGGCGGUGAAGAGCUAACCGGUCAACGAGAUUUAGGAAAUGUACAGAGAGCUGAGCGUGAUUGUAACGAAGAUGAAAAUUUUGAGAAAAUGAAUACGAAGGAGCUGAAGGAGCGCCUCGCUAGUUUGGGUUUAAAAACGACGGGAAGAAAAGUAGAAUUACGCGCACGGCUACAAGCGGUCAUGGAUGGUAAUGACAUAUCGUCGGAAGAAGAAAGCGACGACGAAAGUGAGGAUGAAAAUGACAAAAAAAACGCAAGAGGAUACAAGAGAGGUACGCGAAGGGUGUAUCAGGACCGUGGUGAAUAUUGUCGAAGGGCAUGUGUUGGUUCGACACUGAGUUUUAGAGACGUCGAAGAUGCAUUAGAGUCGUUUAGUGGCAACAAAGGUGAAAAUGUCGAACGAUGGUUCGAGUCGUUCAAGGAAGUCGCUGAUACGUGCAUGUGGUCGGAUGGGCAGAAGGCAGUCUACGCGAGGAAGCUGUUGAAGGGAUCAGCGAAAAUAUUUGCGAGCUUCGAGUGUCAUGCCAGGACUUGGCAUGAGUCGAAGAGGGGGCUAGUGAAAGAAUUUUCGAGGAAAGUCAACAGUAGGCAAGUACAUCGGAAACUUGAGGAAACAAAAAAGGAGAGUGAUGAAGCAUGUUUGGCUUACAUGUACCGCAUGCUCGAAAUAGCCAGCCAUGUGGACAUAGAGGAGGAAGCAAAGGUGGAAUACAUAGUGGAUGGAAUAAUAGACGACGAGAACAAUAAGGCUAUAUUGUACGGCGCUACGUCAAUCAAAGAGUUGAGGAAGAGGUUAGUGAUGUACGAAGAGCAGAAGAGUCGCAGAGCAAAGUCGAUUGUGAAGCCGGCUAAAACCCAGAAGAACGGGAAGCCCAGUCAAUCUGUAGAUGCAAUGAAGAAAAGAAGAUGCUUCAUUUGCGGUAGUGAGGGUCAUCUAAGUGUUAAGUGUCCGGAGAGGGGAGAAGGUGUUAGGUGUUCCGAGUGCAGCGGAUUUGGACAUAUUGCAGCGAGGUGUACGGCACGACCGAAAGAGACUUGCGUAGUGUCAAGAUCCGAAAAAGGGAAGUAUGUGAAAGAAGUGGCGAUAGAUGAUUGUAGGUUUGUGGCAUUAGUGGAUACGGGUAGUGAUCUCACGUUCAUUCGAUCAGACGAAUAUGCGAGGUUAGGGUCACCACCGCUAGGUAAAUACAAGCUUAAGUUCGACGGUCUUAGUUCCGCUGGCAAUGAGACCUGGGGUGAAUUCACCAAGGUAAUGAUGGUUGAUGGGUAUAAACUGCCAAUCACUUUACACGUUGUUUCAAACAAAAUAUUGACGAAGCACGGCCUGUUGUUAGGCACUGAUUUUCUGGAUCAGGCAGAGUUACGGGUUAAACGAGGCGAAGUGACUUUCUUGCGGCUUGACGAAAAGACUAACAAAGACGUGCCGGAUGUGUUUAGAAUUAACGUGGUAGAACAGACUAACGAAACAGACCUAACACACGUACAGGAACCGCAUUAUCGUGAAGCGAUUCGCGAUAUCAUUAGGGGGUAUAGGCCGGAGAAAAAGCGGGACGUUGGGAUAACGGCAAAAAUCGUUUUAAAGAGUGACAAACCUGUGGUUCGAAGGCCGCGAAGAUUGGCGCCUUCGGAGAAAAAAGAGGUGGACGAGUUGAUGGAAUUAUGGACAAAUGAAGGCAUAAUAAAACCGUCAAACUCAGAAUAUGCAAGUCCCAUAGUUGUAGUUAGAAAGAAAGAUGGUUCUAUCAGAGUCUGUGUUGAUUUUCGCGAGCUUAAUGAACUUAUUGAGUGUUCACAUUUCCCAUUGCCUUUAAUUGAUGAUAUUUUAGAUGCAUUGCAAGUGCCACGUGACUUUAUCAAAACCAGCAGCGGGAGCAGGAGCAUCCACUACAGCGAAACCAGUGACGUCAGACGCGUCAUCUUCGAAGAAACACAUCCCAUUGGCAAGGGAACGCAACCACGCAGCCUUCCGUCGCAGCUGGACAAUCAUCAACGCAACGAAUUUCACAACUUAACAAUACAACCGAACGAGUGGCCGUCGGAAAGGAACAAGGCGUUCCUCACCAAACAUACACGCGACCUCACGCCGCACGACAGUAAGAAUUACGAGAAACAACUGACCGAAGUUGCGAGUCAAUUCGAAGCGAUUCAUCUCGAAUUAGAAGUAUUGGACGAGGAGGAACAAGCGCGCGGCUUCGAAAUAAGGGAUCAGUACGUCGCGGUAGACACAAGGUUACAAAAUCUUCUGAGGAACGCGCAAACAGCUUCGCCGUCGACAUCCAUAAACCCUCCAACCUGUGCAUCAUCCGCAAGUUUAAAUCCGAUAUCCAUUAAAUUACCAGAUCUUCGGCUCCCUACUUUUGACGGAAGCUUAGAAAAAUGGAACACGUUUUAUGAUACCUUUUCCUCCACAAUCGAUAAAAAUCCUAGUCUCACUGACAUACAGAAAUUCCAUUACCUGCAGUCCGCCCUGCAAGGAGAAGCAGCCGAUUGUUUAAACGCGUUACCCCUUAGUAAUGUAAACUACAGUCAGGCUAUAGCCGUUCUCAAGGAAAGUUUCGAAUGUCCACGAUACACAGCUUUCAGUCACUGCAUGGCAAUAAUUGAUUAUCCAAGGAUAACCAAGGAAUCUCCAACGGAAUUAAGGCGCUUAGUCCACACAUUUAAACAACACAUAUAUGCAUUGAACAAAUUAGGAGAAUCCUACCCCGAUACCAGUGCUAUGCUCAACAGCCUCAUCCUCUCGAAAAUACCACUAAGUAUCCAAAAGCAAUGGGAAAUGACGCUGCCCAAUAACGAGGUGCCUCCGUACAUUCAUUUACUAAACUUCCUAGAGAGAUUAGCACGAAGCUCCAGACCGAUCACCACGGUCAGACAAACAAGAGAAUCAUCGGAACAAACUACUCCGGUCCGUCAACGCGCAUCACGAGGGCAUGCACUUACGGCGACACAGGUUACUCCAACAUGCCCCACCUGUCAAGGACCACACCCCAUUUGGAGAUGUGACACCUUCAAAACCAAAUCCCUUCGCGAACGCAUUCGGGAGGUCAAAAGAGCAUCACUAUGCCUCAACUGCCUCGGGAAAGGGCACACAACGAAGCAUUGUUUCGCAGGAUCAUGUCGCGUAUGCGGAGAACGACAUCAUACAAUGCUGCAUAGGACAAAACGCCAUUCAGGGUCUCGUUCCAGCACGUCCAGCCCGAAAUCUUCCCCAUCAAAUAGCCGAUCCACAACACCUUCUUUGCCACCCUACGUAUCACCCACUCGUCGCAAAAAGCACACAACAGACCACAGAUCGGAAACACCACGAACAGCCGCGUCUCCAAGUCCACCGCCCAGUGACAAACGAACACACAACCAAUGA